AUGACAAGCACUGCGCUCCUGGCAGAUCUCAGCUCCCCGCACUACACCAAAGACUUGAAAAAGAAAGGAGCAUCAGAGCUGCAGAUGUACGAUACCAUCAAAGCUGUGGCAAACGUGGUGUACCCUCUCAGACGAGGCAGCUCUUUCACGUUUCUGACUCCGGGACCACACUGGGACUUCACCCUGAAGAGGAAGCGCCGAGAAAAGGACGAUGAUGUAGUCAGUCUUUGCAGCCUUGACUUCAAGGAGCCAAGCAAUAAGCGGGUUCGGCCUUUAGCACGGGUCACAUCCCUGGCAAACUUGAUCUCUCCUGUAAGAAAUGGUGCAGUUCGGCGCUUUGGGCAGACAAUACAGUCAUUUGCCCUUCGCAGUGACAGCAAGUCUCCUGGCUGUGCCCAGAAAUCAUGUAGCAGAUCUGCUGCUCCUACUCCUCCUAAAAGAAGAAACAGCGUACUUUGGUCUGAGAUGUUAGAUGUCAACAUGAAAGAAUCCCUGAGCACCAAAGAAAUUAAGCGCCAGGAGGCAAUAUAUGAAAUGUCCAGGGGAGAGCAGGACCUAAUCGAAGACCUGAAGCUUGCCAGAAAGGCCUAUCAUGAUCCUAUGCUGAAACUCUCUAUCAUGUCUGAGGAGGAACUCAACCACAUAUUUGGGGACUUGGAUUCUUAUAUUCCUCUGCAUGAAGACUUGUUGGCAAGUUUAGGAGAAGCAAAAAAACCAGAUGGAACAGUGGAGCAGAUUGGGCCCAUUCUUGUGAAGUGGUUACCACGACUCCAUGCCUACAAAGGUUACUGUAGCAAUCAGCUGGCGGCCAAAGCACUUCUGGAUCAGAAGAAGCAGGACCGGAGAGUGCAGGACUUCCUUCAGCGCUGCCUUGAGUCUCCUUUCAGCCGCAAGCUAGACCUUUGGAGCUUCUUGGACAUUCCUCGAAGUCGGCUGGUCAAAUACCCGCUGCUCCUAAAAGAGAUCCUGAGGCACACUCCCAAAGACCAUCCUGAUAUCCAGAUUUUGGAAGAAGCCAUAACUAUAAUCCAAGGAGUCCUCUCUGACAUCAACCUGAAGAAGGGGGAGUCUGAGUGCCAGUAUUACAUUGACAAGCUGGAGUACCUGGAUGAGAAGCAGAAGGACCCGAGGAUUGAAGGCAGCAAAGCUUUACUGUGCCAUGGCGAGCUGAAGAAUAAAAACGGACAUAAACUCUACGUCUUCCUCUUCCAAGACAUCCUGGUUUUGACCCGGCCCGUCACUCGCAACGAGCGUCAGGCCUACCAAGUGUACAGGCAGCCGAUCCCCAUCCAGGAGCUGCUCCUCGAAGACCUGCAAGACGGCGAUGUGAAAAUGGGAGGAUCCUUCCGAGGAGCUUUUGGCAAUUCCGAUAAAGCUAAAAAUAUCUUCCGAGUUCGUUUCCAAGAUCCCUCCCCGGGCCAGUCCCACACGCUGCAGGCCAACGAUGUCUUCCACAAGCAACAGUGGGUUAAUUGUAUCCGAACCGCCAUCGCUCCCUUCCAGCGGACUGCUGCCGUAGCAGAGCUGAAGGAGCUGCCGGAGCUGAGCGAAGAGGCGGAGGAGAACAACCCCUCUGCUCCCAACAUCAAAGCCCAGAAGAGGCAGUCUGCCAUGUCUGGCAUAACCGAGAUGGAGUUAGAUGAAAGCGCAUCUGAGUGCGGCUCCAUCCUGGACUCAGAGGAAGCCAAGGGCGCGAAAACACACCGAACGCCGUCUGGGCACAGGAAAACGAGGGAAAAGCAGCUAAGUGGCAAGCGGAAAGAAACGCUGGUGUAAAAAGGAGCCCAGUGAUGUCCUGGUGCAAAACUGUUUAUUUAUAAAUAAUGUGUACAUUUUUCUUGUAAUGUGAGCAUGAUUGGGUAAACUCUACUGAACAGAAUAUUGUUUUGGUUUUUUAUGUUGCAAUGGCAGCUACUGGUAUACAGUUAACGCUGUUGAGCUGGAGUCUGUUUUUACAAACGUGGCCAUUUUCAACCUGGUUUUUAGUGCUGUGAGUGAGCGAUUCGGAAGCCCUCGUGCUUUUGAGUGCUUGUGACGGGUUUCAAGAGCAUGUGUUGGUUUCUGAAAGAUUUCCAUACACGGUGUUUGAGGCUGGAAAACAGUAAAGCUUAAAGCGGAAGUUUGGGCCGUCACCGCGAGCCUGGCAGCACCUCCCUUGGCAGGGGGUUUGGAUCAGCACCGUGAGACUCGGAACCUGAAUUCACAUUUUCUUCUUCUUUUGUAGAGCACGGUGAAUGGUUACCAUAAUCC